ACUGUGGGUGGGAGCAGCCCAGAGGCCUGACCCAUCAGAGCAAAUGAUGUGCAGCUGCAGAGAUCAGAUCAGUAGGGAGGGCCUGGUGCUUCAAAGUAGCUGGAAUAGUACGCUGCAGUUGCUGUACCGAGACUGCUCUCCCUAUGGAUGUGAAGCUGUUUGACAUGGGGUCUGUCAGAAUGUUGGGAAUACUGCUGGCAGGUGUUCUUAGUGCUCUGUUGGGCACAGGCUUUGCCCACCCUCAGUGCCUGGACUUUAAGCCCCCUUUCCGGCCAGUGCAGGAGCUGACUUUCUGUGUCCAGUAUAAGGACUUUGGCUGCUGUGACUCAGUAAGGGAUGGAGAGUUAAUGGACAAUUUCUAUCGCGUCCUCAGCCACUUUGACCAGUCGGGGUACGAGCGCUGCGCUGCCCAUGUGCAGGACAUCUUAUGCCAGGAAUGUUCUCCUUAUGCCGCACACUUGUAUGAUGCAGAAGAUCCCUCUACUCCUGUAAGAACCAUUGCAGGCCUCUGUGACGAUUACUGCUGGGAUGUGUGGCAGACCUGUAGGUCUAUUUUCCAGUACCUGACGACUGAUUUAGAACUUUUAGCUUUGGAAAGCAACAAAGCAAAGUUCUGCAGGCACUUGGCCCUAGAGGACACAGACUAUUGCUUUCCUCGCCUCCUAGCAAAUUCCAACCUUAACCAGAACCUUGGCUUGGUGACAGCUGACUCGGAGGGCUGCCUGCAGUUGUGUCUUCAAGAAGUAGCAAAUGGACUGAGAAAUCCUGUUGCAAUGGUACAUGCAAAUGAUGGCACACACAGAUUCUUUGUGGCAGAACAAGUGGGUUUAGUGUGGACCUACCUCCCCAACAAAUCCAAGCUAGCAACUCCAUUUCUCAACAUCUCUAAAGCUGUGCUGACCUCACCCUGGGAAGGAGACGAACGGGGGUUUCUUGGAAUUGUUUUGCAUCCACACUUCAAACACAAUGGCAAAGUCUAUGUUUACUAUUCAGUGGAAAUUGGCUUUGACGAAAUUAUACGAAUAAGUGAGUUCAGAGUUUCCACUCAUGAUAUGAACACUGUUGACCACGGAUCGGAACGGAUAAUUCUGGAAGUAGAGGAGCCAGCAUCCAAUCACAAUGGAGGAGAGAUUUUAUUUGGGGACGAUGGAUAUCUCUACAUAUUUAUUGGGGAUGGAGGGAUGGCCGGUGAUCCAUUUGGGAAGUUUGGUAAUGCCCAGAACAAGUCCACAUUAUUGGGCAAAGUCUUGCGUAUUGAUGUGAAUCACAAUGAUCAUGGCCCUCUGUAUAGAAUCCCACCAGACAACCCAUUUAUCAACGACCCAUCUGCUCGGCCUGAAAUCUAUGCAUAUGGGGUGAGGAAUAUGUGGCGCUGCUCUUUUGAUAGAGGAGACCCACAGACAAAGGAAGGGAAAGGACGUCUUUUCUGUGGAGACGUAGGACAGAAUAAAUUUGAAGAAGUCGACAUAGUAGAGAGAGGAAAAAAUUAUGGCUGGAGGGCAAGGGAAGGAUUCAGCUGUUAUGAUAAGAAACUGUGUGCUAAUUCCUCUUUAGAUGAUGUUCUCCCAAUCUUUGCCUACCCACACAAACUGGGCAAAUCAGUCACUGGAGGCUAUGUCUACAGAGGUUGCCAAAACCCGAAUCUGAAAGGGAUGUAUAUAUUUGGAGACUUUAUGAGCGGGCGUCUGAUGGCUCUUAAGGAGAAGCAGGAGACUGGCGAGUGGCUGUACCAUGAGAUCUGUAUGGGAACUGGGCAGACUUGCAUUUUCCCUGGGCUCAUUAAUAACUAUUACCAGUACAUUAUCUCUUUUGCUGAGGAUGAAGCAGGAGAAUUAUAUUUCAUGUCCACGGGAGUGCCAGUUGCCACGUCACCAUCUGGUGUUGUGUACAAGAUUGUUGAUCCAUCAAGGAGAGCACCCCCUGGCAAAUGCCGCUUCCAUCACAAUCCGGUAAAAGUGAAAAGUGAAAUUAUCAACUUUGUGCCAAAAGAGAAGUUAAUAAUAAAAACAACAUCCACUAAAAGCUCUAAAGUAAAGUCUACAGCUAAACCAUCUGGAAGAACUAAAACCACAGCCCAGACUCCAGUUAGUUCUACUCCUGAUUGGAUUGAACAGCUAUUGAAGCUUCUGCAAAGUCCAACAGAGAAAGCAAGGGUAAAGGUCCCAACCACAACUCGACCUGCCACAACGAAAGCUCCAAGGUCAAGAAAAGGUGGAAAAAGUGGUGAGAGGAGGGGCCACAAAAAGAAAACUGGUAAUUCAGAAACAAAACAAAUCUCUUCUGAGGUGCAUAAUGGAGCAGUACGUUUGGUAAACAGUCAAAACAAGUCUGACCGCGGGAGGGUUGAAAUCUUCAUUAAUGGAGAAUGGGGCACAGUUUGUGAUGAUCUGUGGAACACCAAGACAGCAGCAGUGGUAUGUCGCCAGCUGGGAUUUUCUCAUGUUGUUAAAGCCAGCAAACAAGCAGAGUUUGGCAGUGCAAAUAAUCUGCGGAUACUUCUUGAUGAUGUUCAGUGCACUGGGAAGGAAAAGACCUUGCUUGACUGUAAACAUAAAGGGGUUGGAAAACAUAACUGUACACAUCAAGAAGAUGCUGGAGUUAUAUGCAGCCAUAAAGAAAACACUGAAACCUAAAAAACUGUAGGAAUAAUAACCAUUAGUCUGAAACAAAACAUUUGUCAUAACUUAUUUUAGGAAUAUCUUACAGACAUCAUCUUCUCUCCAGACCAGCUUUGGAGCAUGAUUUUAAAGCUAGCCUAUAUCUCCGAUAGGA